GCUGUUCCCUGCACCCUCUAGCUCCCAUGUAAAAAGGGGAUUUCGAAUGGCAGAGACGGCAGUAGGUUUGGCUAUCGACCACCUUGUCCAAUUGCUGACCAAUGAAGCAAGCUUGCUGAGAGGUGUUCGUUCACAAGUGUCGAGCAUCAAACGUGAACUAGAGGCCAUCCAGUGUUUCCUCAAGGAUGUAGAUAUGAUGGCAGAUCUAGAAGAAGAAGGAAGCACAAGUAGAUUUGCAGGUGUUACAUUAUGGGUGAAGGAACUAAGAGAAGUGGCGUUCCAGAUUAAAGAUGUCAUUGACGAAUACCAGUUUCACUUGGAGCGAUAUCCCGGCCAUGGUCAUGGCUUCAUUGGUUCCCUUGGUCAAAUUGGUCGCUCCAUCGUCAAACUGAAACCACGCUACCAUAUUGCAUCUCGCAUACAAGAGAUCAAAAAAGCAGUUGUUGAAAUCAGUGAAAGAAGUAAAAGGUAUGGCUUUGAUUCCAUUGCUCAGCCGCAGGGAACAACCAAUGGUAAUCCUUCUCAAUAUAUUUCAGGGUACGACCCUCGAAAAGGAUCCAUUUAUCUCGAGGAAGAUGAUGUUGUGGGGAUUGAAUCUCCGAGAGAUGAAUUGGUUGGUUGGUUGUUAAAUAAUGACCAACAACCCCGACGAGCUGUGAUUUCAGUGGUAGGGAUGGGGGGAGUGGGCAAGACAACUCUUGCUAGAAAGGUGUAUGAUCGAGUCAAGAAUGAUUUUGAUUGUUAUGCUUGGAUAACAGUGUCUCACUCAUACCAGGAGGAGGAACUACUAAAGAACGUCAUAACACAGUUCUGUGAUGUAAACAAAGAACCUCUUCCUCAGGGAAUUGGUUCAAUGAACGAGCAGAUAUUGACGAAUAAAGUAAGAGAAUAUUUGCAGCAAAAAAGGUAUGUUGUUUUUUUCGAUGAUGUUUGGAAAAAAGAAUUCUGGGGAGAUAUAGAACAUGCUCUGCUUGAUAAUAAAAAUGGUGGGAGAAUAGUGAUCACAACACGAAGCAACGAGGUUGUUAAUUUUUGUAAAAUUUCAUCGUUUGUCCAUGUCCACGAGCUUAAGCCUUUGGAUCCAGAAAAUGCUUUGGAACUCUUUCGCAAAAGGGCUUUUCAAUAUGAAGUUGGUGGAUGUUGUCCCUCCAACUUGGAGUAUUUGUCUCAUAAAAUUGUUGAAAGAUGUGGAGGAUUACCCCUUGCAAUUGUAGCUAUAGCUGGCCUUCUAUCUACGAAACACAAGACAAUAGAUGAAUGGAAGAAAUUGCACGAUAACCUCGGCUCAGAGUUGGAGAAUAAUCAAGAUCUUACAAGCAUAACAAAAAUCUUAUCCCUCAGUUAUUAUGAUCUGCCUUACCACCUCAAAUGUUGUUUCUUGUACUUUGGCAUGUACCCAGAGGAUUAUUUAAUUAAGAAAUCAAGGUUGAUUCGGCAAUGGAUUGCUGAAAGUUUUGUGAAACCAAAAAAGGAUAAGACAUUGGAAGAAGUAGCACAAGAAUACUUGACUGAGCUAAUUGAUAGAAGUCUAGUUCAAGUUCGGACUUCAAACACUGAUAUCGGAAUAAAAAAGGGUGGAGUUUGCCAUGUCCAUGAUCUUCUACAUGAAGUCAUUCGGAAAAAAAUAGAAGAUUUAAGUUUUUGUCACAUUUUGUACGGAAAUGAAUCAACUUUUAAAGGAGGACUUGUUACUCGGCGCAUAUCAAUUGUCAAUGGUUCAUCCAAUGUUCUUCACAGUUCUUAUCAAGAUUCUCAAGUUCGUAGCAUUUUGAACUUCAAUAAUAGUGAUGAAAGAUUGGGCAAUUCUAUUUUGAGCUCGCACAAAAAGAAUUUCAAACUUCUAAAAGUAGUAGAUUUUGAAGAUGGUAUCUUAGAUCAUGUCCAUAAAAAUAUUGGAAAGUUAUUCCACUUAAGAUAUUUAAGUCUUCGAAACACAAAUGUAAAGAUGCUCCCAAGGUCCAUAGGGAAAUUGGUAAAUCUUGAAACUUUGGAUGUACGGGGCACAUUUGUGGUUGAGUUGCCAGCUGAGAUUAAAAGGCUUAGAAAGUUGCGAAAUCUUUUAGUCUACAAUAGAAGUUACGAUAUCGACACACAAUUUAAUCCAUCUAAAACGAAAGGACUAAAGGUGCAAGAGGGAAUUGGGUGUUUAGAAGCGUUGCAAAAGUUAUCAUAUCUGGAGGUGAGCGAAAUGGGUGUUCAUGUAAUAAAAGAGUAGGGAAAGUUGACUCAGUUGAGGAAGUUGGGCAUCAGUAAGGUUAGAAGUGAAGAUGGAAGGAUACUAUUUGAGGGUAUUCAGAAGAUGAGCCACCUGAAAACUCUGAUUUUCACUGCAAUCAGUGAAGAUGAAACCUUUGAUUCUGAAAUCCUGAUCUCAUCCUUACCGCAAUCUCUCGAGUGUCUCACUCUAGCGGCGCCUUUAAGGAAGAAGUUGCCAGAAUCAAUAACAAGACUUCAAAAUCUGCAAAGAUUAGCUAUUGGAUGGUCAAAAUUCGAAGAAGAUCCUCUGAAAACUCUUAAAAAUCUGCACAACCUGUCGAUUCUCUGGAUAGGGUAUGAUGCGUAUAUUGAGCAAAUACAGUUUGAGAAAGGGGUUUUUCCAAAAUUGAAGAAAAUUUUUAUCAUACAUUUGAAUGGAUUGGAAUCAUUAGUUAUAGAAGAAGGAGCAUUACCUAAUCUUGAACUGCUUUGGCUUGGACCCUGCCUGAAACUGAAUUCGGUGCCCACUGGCAUCCAGCAUUUGAAACAACUUAAACAUGUUUGGUUUCACAGUAUAUCUAUUGAAUUCCAGCAAAGUCUGAAGCCAGGAGGACACCACCACCACAUCCUUCAACAUGUACCUCAUGUCUUCAUCCGUCACAGGUGCCAUGGUGAUGAACAAAGUUUUGAAACUGCACCAUUGUUUUGACUGUAUCACUACAGGCAAGGAUUCGAAGUGAUACAAUCUAACCUGGUCCUGUCCUUCAUGGGGCGCCAAACGAAUUCACAUUCCAAAUGUCUUACUGGGGUGGCUCACAUAGGAUUGUUCUUUGACAUGUUUGUAAAAGUACUAUAGGAAACAUGGUAAUAUCUGAAGUAUUGUACGGUUAGAGACAUAGUAAUAUCUCUGUUAUUUUGCUUUAUUGUUCUCUGCUGCAGAUACUGGACUACAAUAUGCCAGGAGGUGUUGGAUAAAUAUGAUAUUUACUUGUUUGUGUUGGAGCUUGUGAACCAAUUCUUAAAUGUAUUCAUUUGGCAGGAAAUUGGAAUAGAGGGCUUUCUUUUGCUUA